UUUAGACAUCUAGUGUUUCUAUGUCUGAAGUUAGAUGAGGUUAAUUUCAUCCUUGGUUACCAUUCUCUCAGGUUAAAACAGUAUCAAGAAAGGUUAUAUCUUGAAUUCACUGUGGAGAGAUCCAAACUGCCCAUGGCAGAUGAGAAGCUAUUUCAGAGACAAGUCUAUCUAGUUCCAAUUUGCACUAAAUGAGAAGCAAGAUCAGAGCCUUUAACAGUAUCUGUGCUUUCCACCUUUCUUCUGCUCUUUGAGAAGCAGUCUUUAGUCAUUUAAAUUGGUUUUUUUUUUGCCACUAUCAAACUCUUUUUUUUUCUUAAAAAGCGUUUCUACCAGUUUCAUACUCUGAUGACUUCAGGGGAAUAUGACCAUAUUCAGGAAACAAACCGUGGUCAGGUCAGGUCACAGGAGUUGGAUCCUGAGACCUGUAUCUGCGCUGAGCAUUUUUUGGCUUCCAUGAAAGCAGAACACUGUCUCUGAUUUCAUGGCUACAGUCUACUGAUGAGUUCAAAUUAAUGAAUAUAAGAUACAGUGGUAUAGUUUCACUUUCUGAAAAGCUAGGACUAAUGCAUGGUUUUGCAAAACCUAAGCCUCUAACUCUCUCUAGUUUCCUAUAAGUGUGUUUGCUGCCCUUGUAGGUUUGCAUGUAAGCAGCAAUUGUCAUCUUAAAUGUAGGAGAUUAAAUAAAGCAAAGGUAAAAUUAAUCAUUAAUCAUUAUUCAGCAGAAUUAAUCAAAAUUCAACAGAAGGUGGGUGGAAGGGUGAAAUCAAACUUAGGAGUGAAGGGGAUCUUAGUCAGAUCUGGGUAUGUUAACAAAACCUUAUUCUUCCCCUUUACUAAAACCUAUCAUAAAGACGUUUGCUGCAAUGACAAGAAAUGUAAUUGAAUGCAUUUAUCGUAACAAUAAGUUAAAAAUAAACAUCUGAUUUUUGUAAAGCUUAAGGAAGAUUUCUGCAAACAUGGCAUCUGAACACGCAGACAAUGUUACUGCUCUGUCAGACCCUUCGACAAGUUGCAAGGAUGAAAAUUUCUUACAGGUGAAAUCCUACCUCUCUGCCUUUUAUGGCCUAAUUUUCCUGGUGUGCUUCCCAGGGAACAUUGUGACCAUUUUUGUUUACUUUGUCAAGAUGAGGCCCUGGAAAGGCAGCACCAUCAUUAUGUUAAACCUGGCUGUCACUGACUUACUGUAUGUGGCUACACUUCCUUUCUUUAUACACUACUCUGCUAAUGGAAAUAAUUGGAUUUUUGGAAACUUCAUGUGCAAAUUUAUUCACUUUGGCUUCUACUUCAACAUGUACAGCGGUAUUAUCUUCCUUAGCUGCUUCAGCAUCUUCCGCUUUCUUGUAGUCGUCUACCCAGUUAGAUGCUUUUUCAUUCGAAAGAAGAGAUGGGCAGUGGUGACUUGCACAGUAAUUUGGAUGAUUUCACUGGCAAUGAUUAGCCCCUUUGGCACCUUGAUCUCCAUUAAGCAUACACAGAACAGGACAAUCUGCCCAGAUCUGUCUUCUGCAGAGGACCUUGACACUGCUCGAUGGUAUAACUGGCUGCUGACGAUAUUUGCCUUCUUCUUGCCCCUGGUGACGGUAACUCUGUGCUAUGCACUCAUUAUUCAAGCCUUGGCCACAGGGCCCCAUACGCAGGCUUGCUACAAACAAAAGGCUCGCAGACUUGCCAUCGUCCUCUUGGUGGUCUUCUACGUGUGCUUCCUCCCCUUCCAUGUCUUUCAGAUGAUUCGGAUUGAGCUUCGUGUGCGAGUGGCUAACUGCAAUCUCAAGAAUAUGAUCCUUUUUACAUUUAUUCUAACUAAACCUUUAGCAGCAUUAAAUACGUUUGGAAACUUGUUGCUCUACGUAGUGGCAGGAGACAGCUUCCAGCAUGCAAUCUUCUCACUCCUCAAGUUUUGGACACACAAGAACUUGAAAUAGAAAAGACUGAUGCUAUGCAGAGAGAGUCCAAAUCUGCCUAUAAACAGGCAGGCAGAACCUCUCCUUAGUCAAAGUACUCAGGCUCUCACUGCCAACGCUAAAGGAGAAUUUAUGUGUUCUGUGUUUUAGAGUUACACAUCGUCAUAACAAACA